AUGGAUGAUGAAAAUAUUAUUCAAUUGAAAUUAAUAUUACCUAUAUUAAUAGAAUUAAAUAUAUUUUAUUUAAUUUCUUCUCAAUGUGAUGAAGAUAAAAUAAUAUCUCAUCUUCCAAUAUCGAAUUUAAAAAUAUUAUCUAUAUUAACAUAUUUAAUAAUAUCUUUAAUACCAUAUUUAAAUAUUUUUAAAUUUAAAUUUAAUUGUAAUCGUAUAUAUCGAAAUGAAACAUUUCUAAAUAGAUAUCUUCAAUUUCAAAUACCUUAUCUAUCAAAUACAUUUAAAUUAGAAUUCUAUACUAAGAGACUUUCGAAUAAGUUAAUAAAUACUAUUAAUACAUUUGAUAAAGUAAUCAAUCUAACAUUGAAUGAUAAGCAAAUAAAAAAAAAACAAUCUUUUUAUCGUUUUCCAAAUGCUUGUUCAUUAACAUUAACUACAUUAGAAGAAGGAAUUAAUAUUUCAAUGUGUUCAAAAAUAAUAUUAACAGGAGAAUUAUUAGACACAUUAAAAAAAUCAUCACAGUUAUCAUCAAUAAAAAUUAAUUCAAAUGAUUUAAUAUUAAUAUUUAAUCAUAAUCAAUUAUGUUCAUAUUUAAAUAAAAUGAUUAAACAAAAUAAAUAUAUACAAAUAUGCUCAAUGUUCAUUUAA